AUGGCAAAACCGAGCGUUUCCAAGAAGACUAAGCAACUUUCCGUUCACUCGAGAGCUGCAAGGCGCGCGACAGAUGUUGACAUUGACACCGACAAGUCUCUCAAGAAUGUCAAGGCCCCCUCGGACUCAACCGACUACCGGCCGUCGGUCUUGGCUGCGCAAACCAACGUCGGUAUCUCCAAGAAGUCCAAGAACCGCAAGACACAGAUGAGCACCAAGGCCAAGAAGAGAAACGAGAAGGCAAUGGACCGCGCCGAGGCCAUCAUGGAGCGGACGUCCAACAAGAUCGAGAAGAGCAAGAGCAAGUCUCGGAGGAUCCAGACGCGGAGUAAGCAGUGGGACGACAUCAACAACAGCCUGCCUGCAGUAAAGAAGUUCCCUGACGAGGAGGAUCUCGAGGUGGAGGGGCGCAAGACUAGGGUUGCCGUAUUGCCAGCGGAAAAGGAGUGGGAGACGGACGAGGAGAUGGACGGUGUUGAUGAGGAUUCUGCGCCCGUUGCCGCCGAUGCUGUGCAGGCCGCUCCCACGAACGAUGACAUCGAUGAGGAGAUUUUGUAG